AUGGCGUUCACAUUUGCAGCACUCUGUUAUUUAUUGGCAUUGAUUGCGGUUGGAUUUUGUAUCUUUUUCGCAAUUUAUACUGUAAGUUUUAUUUAGAAAAUUCACCUGAAGUUUUUUUUGAAAUAUUGAAAAAUAUAUUUACCAAUCGAUAUUUCAUUAAAAAAAGAGUUUAUGUACUACGAAAUCUAUAAAUUUUCAAUUUUUUCAGGUAAUCUGCAUUGACGAGCUCAAAACUGACUACAAAAAUCCGAUCGAACAAUGUCGAAACUUGAAUCAAUUGAUCUUGCCAGAAUACAUUGUUCACGGUGUUUACACAUUCUUGUUCAUUCUCAGUUGGCAAUUAAUCUCGAUUCUUGCAAAUCUUCCACUCGUAUUUUAUCACAUUUAUACGUUAGUUUUUUUUUCAAUUUUAAAAAAAUCUGAAGAAAAACGGAUGAUUUUCAGCUACAUCAAUCGACCAGUCAUGUCGGGACCUGGAAUCUAUGAUCCAACAACAAUUUUGAAUCGUUCAACACUUUCAUCAACUCUCCGCGUUUCAUGGAUCAAACUUGCUUUCUAUCUCAUUUCCUUCUUCUAUUAUCUCUACGCGUAAGUUUACCUUUAUUUAAUUGUCUAGUUUUAUCAAUUAAAAUGUUCCAAUUUUCAGUAUGAUCUACACACUCGUCACUUCAACCUAA